AUGGCAGCUGUAGCGAAGAAGACCAAGAAGCCUGAGGAGGAGGAGACCCCUGCAGCAGCAGCUCCUGCCGCAGCAGCCACCGACGCCCCUGCUGCAGAGGCCCCAGCCGCAGAGCCAGCUGAGGAAGAGGAGGAGGAGUAUGUGGUGGAGAAGGUUCUGGACCGUCGCGUGCACAAGGGCCGCGUGGAGUUCCUGCUCAAGUGGAAAGGCUUCUCCAAUGAGGACAACACGUGGGAGCCCCAGGACAACCUGGACUGUCCCGACCUGAUCGCUGAGUACAUGGACAAGCACCACAAGGAGAAGGAGGAGAAGAAGAAGGAAGGCAAGAGGAAGUCUGCAGCUGGAUCUGGAGACGCAGACGAGCGAGCCAGCAAGAAGAAGAAAGACGAGGGAGAAAAAGCCCGAGGUUUUGGUCGAGGUUUGCAGCCGGAGAGAAUCAUCGGAGCCACAGACUCCAGCGGAGAGCUCAUGUUCCUCAUGAAAUGGAAAAACUCUGACGAGGCCGACUUGGUUCCCGCCAAAGAGGCCAACGUGAAGUGUCCACAGGUCGUGAUCUCCUUCUACGAGGAGCGCCUCACCUGGCACUCCUACCCCAACGAGGAGGAGGAGAAGAAGGAGGAGGAGAAGAAAGACUGA